AUGGAUGGUUCUGGUAGUGUCGGAAAGAAAAAUUUCGAAAAGAUGAAAGAUUUUAUUCAAGAAUUAAAUGAAAGGUUUACCAUUGGAACUAACGACGUUCGUGUUGCUAUUCAAGAAUAUUCGUCCCCCGACCAUUAUGUGUACACCGUUCAGCUCGGCGAAGGAAAUAUAAAUGGCAAUAUUGAUGACUUGAAUGGUGCUGUGUCAAAUAUGCCAUAUCUUACCGGCGGUACGUACACCGGUGAGGCACUAAGAAGAGCAAGAACUGUG